CAAAAUGUACAUGCUUUCAGUGGAACUGCCAAAAUGUAUAUAUGUGAAGGCAUCUGCUGAUGUUGGGAUUCCCUAACAGAAACAUUGCAAUUGCAUUAAUGGGACAAAUGACUGCAGUUAACUGCAGUUUUUCUUGUCAUAACUCACAGAUAGGAAUGGAUAUGUUUGUUGGUAUGAGUGAAGAUGAAAUCACUGACCACGUAAUUCAGAUGAGUCUUCAAGAAACUUGCCAAAAUCCAUUUUUAUUACCAAAAGACAGUUUAGAGACAUUAAGUGAUGAAAAUUUAAAACUUCUGGAGGCCAUCAAGGCAGGUGAUAUAUCAGCUCUGCAAGAGGUGCAGAAGUUCCCCUCUGCUUUCCGGGACGUGGACAGUCGUGGCUGGCUGCCUCUCCACAGGGCAGCAGUCCAGCCACUAGCAAAGGUGCUGGAGACAGUCUUAAACUCCCCCUGUGAUCAUGAUCUUGAGAAAAAAACAAAGGUGGGUGAGACUUGUCUAACUCUUGCUGUUGAAGCCGGUCUGUUGGAGAAUGUGAGAACUUUGCUGGAGUUUGGAGCAUCUCCUUACAGUGUCAACAGCAAAAAUGAGUCUCCUCUUCUGCUGGCGGUGAGGGCAGGAUCCUAUGAGCUGGUCAGUGUCCUACUCACCUACGGGGCCUCUGUGGACCAGGCCUGUGCCAAAAAGUGGACUGCUAUGCACGAGGCAGCCAAGAGGGGCUACAGUGACAUCAUGAUGCUAUUGUUUAGAUGGGAAGGGAAGGUGACCUUCAGAGAUCAACAUGGUGUGACUCCACUGGGCACUGCAGCAGAGAAUGGUCACGAGGAGAUCAUCCAAAUCCUUCUUCAUAAUGGUGCCAACGUGAAUGCCCAGUCUUACAAUGGGGAGAGUGCGUUGAUGGAGGCAGCCAGCUCAGGCAAUCCAGAUUGUGUCAAUCUUCUACUGUUGAAUGGGGCUAAUCCCAAUCUGCCCAAUGUUACUGGUCACCUUCCCAUUCAUCGCGCUGCCUACGAUGGACACCUCCUUGUUCUGCGGACAUUGAUACUGGUCACCUCUAAGAGAGCUUUGAGGCUCUCUGGUCAGAGCCCGGUGCAUUCUGCUACCGAUGGUGGCCAUGCUCAGUGCCUGCAGCUGCUGAUUGAGUCAGGAUUUGACGUCAACACAACCCUGAGUCAGACCAUCUCAGAGAACUACGGUGACAUGCGGCGGAGUGCCCUUUACUUUGCCGUCUCCAACGGUGAUGUCAUCUGCACAGAGAUGCUCCUGAAUGCUGGAGCCAAGCCUGACCUGGACCCCCUAAGCUGUCUCUUAGUGGCUGUACGGGCCGGGAGGUAUGAGAUUGUGAAACUGCUGCUGGCCAAGAGGGCUGAUGUGAAUUGCUACUUCACUAUGGUCAGCAACACGGUCUUCCCUACCACGCUACAGUACUGCCUUAGAGAUGAGAUAAUGAUGCGACUUCUGCUCAACAAUGGCUACAAUGUGGAGAAAUGCUUCAGCUGUCACCAUGACAACCAAUCUGAUUCGACCUGCUGCCGGAGGGACCCUCAUGAGCUGCUGUGUCAGGGUAACAGUGAUGGAGAUAAAAUCCCUUUCUGUGAGUUCAUUGGCCUGUACUGCCUCAUGCACCUCUCUGGGAAGGUGGUGCAGAUUCUCCUGGAUUACGUGAGUAAUGUCCACCUUUGCUCCCACCUGAGACGCAUUCUAAAGAAACAGAGGGAAUGGGAAGACAUUUCGGACAUCAUUUGUAACCCUCGCUCUUUGACGCACCUUUGCAGACUGAAAGUCAGAGGACUCUUGCAUCUGAACACUCUCCAUGACUCCAGCACUAUGGAUUUUUUUCCACCCAGAAUUAGGAAUUAUCUGUUGUUUAAGGAGAAUGACCUUUAUGAGCAGCUGUCUGGUGUGCCUGUGUGAAGCGUUAAUAUGUUUAAAUAAUGUCAUCAGCAUCUUAUACUGUACAUACUACAUACUUGAAUUUGUUUUGCUAUUGUAAUUUACUGAGGACUUUUUAAUAAAGCCUGAUAUGAUAAUGUUUUCAGUGCAUAUAAAAACAUCAUAAUACUGCAUACUACAUACAUAUACACAUACUACAUACUUACAUAUACUUGAUUAACUCUUCAGUGACCCUGUCCUAAUAUUUGUUUUGCUAUCGUCAUUUAUUGAUGAAUUUCAAUAAA